CCUCACGCCAAUCCUAUAUACUCUUCUGUCUUCUCUCUUCGAUCGAUCCUUUUGCUCUCGCCACACAUGCCACGCGCGCCACCACCACCACCUCCUAGCUAGCAUGAGUACACGGAUACACCCUUCGUCCUCGGACGCGGCCGGCCGUGCCCGUCUUCGGGCUGCGGAGGAACGGGAACGGGAACGCCGGCCGGCGGUGUACACGGUGUGGAAGAGGUCCAGCAUGGGCUUCCAGGGCACCGACGGCUUCUGCGUGUACGACGACGCCGGCGGGCUCGCGUUCCGCGUCGACAACUACUCCCGCCGCCGCAAGCUCUGCGCCGGCGAGCUGCUGCUCAUGGAUGGCACGGGCACGCCUCUCCUCUCCCUCAGGCCACAGCUUCUCAGCCUGCACGACCGAUGGAACUGCUACACAGCGACGGAAGACGCCGCCGUCGACAAGAAGACCACGUCGCCGGCGCAGCAGCAAGUCUUCACGAUGAGCAGGUGCUCAGCUCUGCGGAGCAGCGACGACGCAGAGGUCCACAUGGCAGGCUCUGCUGCCGCUGCUGCAUCGUCGUCGUCCCUCAGCUGCAAGCGCCCGCAGGCCGUGGCAGCCGCCGCUCCCGGCUACCGAGUGGAGGGCUCCUUCUCGGGGCGGAGCUGCAAGAUCCGGCGCGGCAGCGACGGCAGGGAGGCGGCGCGGGUAACGAGGAAGAGCGCCGGCGUGGCGUCCAGGCCGGCGGCCACGCUUGGGGACGACGUGUUCAGCCUCGUCGUCCAGCCGGGCGUCGACGUGGCCACCGUCAUGGCGAUCGUCGUCGUCAUGGACAGGAUCUGUCGUCGCAGGCCGUACACGCCCAUGGUGUGCUCUUCCUCUUCACAGUAGAGUGGACACUGCUUGAUGUGGUAGCUCAUGUAAAAACCGUAGCAGUAGCGGAUGCAGCCGACUCUACUAGAGCAUGCAUUUCGUGUGGUUGCAGUGUGCCUUCUCUCCUCCAAGCAGAACUGCAGAAGUGCGGAAUUGUAAAGAAGAGUUUAUUUUGAGGUACGCAUAUAGAACAGUUUGACCUGA